AUGCCAACUAUCCUUCCCGCCGACGCGGCCGCGUCCGCUGGCCAUACUCAACAAGCGCCUUCCCUGACUCCAGCUCAGCUCGAGCGCUCUCUGCAGGAGAAGAUCGCCGAACAUGUCUUGUCGACGCUGACCAGACCUGCUCUGGCUCACAUCCAGAACGGCAAGACUGACCGUUCAGCGUCCGACACAUCGCUCGUCUUGUCCACGUCGGCUAGCUCCGUCGGCACAUCACUCAGAAGCGAUUCGCCCACCACACCCGCAUCACAGCGCAGCACAAGGCCAGGCACGCCCGGAGAGCACGAAGACAAGCAGCUGCAAGGUGCUGAUGUGCGCGCCAUCGACUUGCUCCCAAUUUUGGAGCUUUACGCGUCGAGACCUGAUCUGCCCCGCGUUCCAAGCCGUAGCUCGAGCAUUGAAGCUCAAAAUGAGCACGACGAGGAGGAAGGGGCAGAGAGCGCGCAUGUCAGCGUUGCCGUGAAAGUCGAAGAAGAGCAGUCUGUGGAUAGCGUCGUGCCCAAUUCUGUGACCGACUCUUCGCAGCCCUUGAAGGUGAGUGGAUGGACCAGGCACUGCUUGAUUGGUACAUGACGGCUUGAUCGCACCGAGACUGACGCCCUCGACCCGUCACAGGUGCCUGCACAGCUACCCACUCCGGAUGGCAGGGUCGCAUCUCCCGAAAGCAAUGUGGAGUCCAGGGAAGCUAGUGCCCAUGCCAGCAGUACAUCUUCUUCCGAUCUUUCCCUCUCCGUCGAGGGUUUGGACAAGAAAGCUGGUCCAUCCGAGCCGGCAACGUUUUGGAAUCGACACAAGAUCAGCGUGCAAGCCUUCUUUCGUCGGCAUUAUUACAUCCAAGGCGAGCCUGACAUCGUCCUGCCAAGCCCACCGUCCGACCACAAAAAGCUGGACUUUGUACAGACUUUUCGACCGCUGCUCGUCGGUGUGGGUGUCUUUGCCUUUCUUGCCAACUCCACUGGAAUCUGGUUCUUUGCCACCGCUGCUCCACCGUUCUUUUGGUACUCUGUCAUCGCCGCCUUUCUUCAAGUCUACCUGGGUCUGUUUUACUUGAUGGGCUGCUUUAGUCGGAAUUUUGACCACAAGAAUCACGAGCGCGUCAAGUCCGAAUUUGCCGUCAACGAAGUGAACGCGCCAACCGUCGACGUCUAUCUUCCUUGCUGCAACGAGCCCUUGGAGGUUUUAGAAAACACUUACAAAUAUGCCAAGCAGCUCGAAUAUCCGGCUGGCAAGCUGCAGGUGCACGUCCUCGACGACGGCUCAGCUCCAGAGGUGAAGCAGAUGGCCGAGUCGUACGGCUUCAACCACAUUGUGCGCGACGAUCGCGGCAGGUUGAAAAAGGCGGGCAACCUGCGCUGGGCCUUCCAGCGUACUAGCGGCGACUUUUUUGUCAUCUUUGACGCCGACUUUUGCCCGCGCACCGAUUUCCUGACCAAACUCAUUCCGCGUAUGAUGGAAGACAAGAACAUUGCAAUCAUUCAGACGCCUCAAUACUUUAGGUCUCUCGGCUCUCAAACCUGGGUGGAACGUGGAGCUGGUGCGGUUCAGGAACUUUUCUACCAAUUCAUUCAAACCAACAGAGACAAAUGGGGCGGUGCCAUUUGCGUCGGAAGCAAUGCCGUUUACCGUCGUGAAGCGCUUGCCGACGUCGGAGGAACGGCGGAGGUAGGCGCUUCCGAAGAUGUUCACACUGGCUUUUACGCCGUUACGCGAGGCUGGAGGUUGGCCUACAUUCCCAUCAAUCUGGCUUGCGGCAUCUGCCCCGACACGCCGCGCGCGUACUUUUCUCAGCAAGUCAGAUGGUGUCAAGGCUCCACAUCGCUCCUGCUCAACAAACACUUUUGGGUCUCGCCGCUCACCAAGAUGCAGAAAAUGUGCUACCUGAGCGGCAUGAUGUACUACUCCGCCACUGCCAUGGGCAUCAUCUCCUCGCCGCUUCCCGGUCUGCUCUUGGUGCUGUUCCGCGUAGAGCUCAUCAAGAUCUACAAUCUCGCUUUCGCCCUGCCAGUCAUCGUAUACGGCAUCGUCGUCUUUAGACUUUGGAGCAGGACGGCGCACUCGCUCAGCGUCCAAAAGAUUGGCAUCAUUCAGCAGUACGCCUACUUUUCUGCGCUCAAAGACCGUGUCUUGGGAACCUCGUUCGACUGGGUGCCCUCGGGUGGCAACUCGACAAAGCACCGCUCCACUCGGUAUCGCAACAUGCGCUUCAUGUGCAUCACGUGGGUCACCACCUACCAGUCUGCUUUUUUCGGCGUCAUCAUCUGGAGGCUGCUUCAGGGCUACACGUGGUGGUACUUUGUGCCCUUGUGAGUAAGCGCGCAGCCGUUUGGUGCAGUCAAGUCGCUGAAAUAGAAUUGACGUUGCCCUUCUGCUUUGCACGCACAGAAUGGUACUGAGCGCAUACAAUCUCUUCAUUGCCCUUCCUUUCAUGCUCUCCGCGUGA